AUGAAGGCGCCGAGGCUCUUCCAGAAGCUAACGAAGUCGGCGGUGAUCCCUCCCCUGCUGAUCAUUCUGACGGUCGUCCUUCCGCUCGUCAGUUCACUGGUCACUUACGCCUUCGUUUCUCUUCCCGACAACUCGAUCUCUCUGGACUUGACUGGUUCCCUACUUCUCCUGUUAGUCCUUUUCAAGAUCUUGAUUUUGGGAUCGCUGGGCACCUUCCCCAUCGACUUGAACGCUGUUUUCAACAAACGGAAGGGAAGACGAGCGGCGCGCCAUCUGAUGGAUGGAGCACUAGUGGAUGAUCUACCGUGCACCGUUAGAAUACUUUGCGAACUAGAAACAACUGCCACGCCCAGUUCAGUAGACGAUCGAGGCCAGACACUCGAGGAUGGUGACCGUGUCGAAGGGACUUUGCUGGAUAUAGAUCAUAUUGGAUUAUAUCAGGAGGCAGCCGUCCUUACACUUUUCGGGUAA